UGGUAUAUAUAAAUGCCGUGGAGGCCUAAGCCGAAGCCAAAUGCCGUCUGCAAAUUGAGAGAGAGAGAGAGAGAGAGAGAGAGAGAGAGAGAGAGAGAGUGAUGGGUGAUUCGAGCGACUCUGUGUCAGUGGAUAUGGAGGGGAUCUCUUUCGGCGGAAGGGAGCACCGUAUAGAAACUUCUCUCGGUUUUGUGUCUGUUGCUGUGUAUGGAGACCCGGACAAGCCAGCUCUUGUCACUUAUCCAGAUUUAGCUCUAAAUCAUGUGUCCUGCUUUCAAGGAUUAUUCUUUUGUCCAGAAGCAUGUUCCUUGCUGCUCCACAAUUUUUGCAUAUAUCAUAUUAGUCCUCCAGGGCAUGAGUUGGGAGCUGCCGAAAUCAGCCCUGAAAAGCCUUUGCUUUCUGCUGAUGAUUUAGCAGAUCAGAUUGUGGAGGUUCUCAAUUUCUUUGGACUUGGUGCUGUGAUGUGUAUGGGGGUUACAGCAGGAGCUUAUGUCCUGACCCUAUUUGCUAUGAAAUACAGACAACGUGUUCUUGGAUUGAUACUCAUCUCUCCUCUAUGCAAAGCACCCUCUUGGACAGAAUGGUUGUAUAAUAAGGUGAUGUCAAACUUACUCUACUUUUAUGGCAUGUGUGGAGUGGUGACUGAGUUAUUGCUUAAGAGGUACUUCAGCAAGGAAGUUCAUGGCAGUGCUCAAAUAUCAGAGUCAGUUAUAGUUCAGACAUGUAGAAGAUCUUUGGAGGAGAGGCAGAGUUCAAAUGUUUGGCGGUUUCUGGAAGCAAUCAAUGGGAGACCUGACAUUACAGAGGGAUUGAGAAAGCUACAAUGCCGUUCUCUAAUUUUUGUUGGGGAUAACUCUCCAUUUCACUCAGAGGCUCUCCACAUGACUUCCAAUCUAGAUAGGCGAUACAGUGCAUUAGUUGAGGUUCAGGCAUGCGGGUCAAUGGUAACAGAGGAGCAGCCUCAUGCCAUGUUGAUACCAUUGGAGUACUUCCUCAUGGGAUACGGCUUGUAUAGACCAUCUCAAUCAAGUGUCAGCCCGAGGAGCCCCUUGAGUCCGUCUUGCAUUGCUCCGGAGCUUCUUUCACCUGAAAGUAUGGGCCUGAAGUUGAAACCUAUAAAAACACGAAUUUCUCUGCAAGUAUGAAAUUAGAAAGAUCAAAAGGAGUGGAGGAAAUAAAUUUUUGUAAUCUACUAUGUCAUAGGGGUCUGCAUUUUCUCUUUUAUUCGUUGGGGUUGAUAAGUGAGAGGGUAACCAUGUUGUUGUAUAGAUAGAGGUCAAGAAAAGGAAAGAUGUACUGUGGAGGGGUGGGGAUAGAAAGAAAGCAUAUAUUUUCAUUCUUUAAUUUGUAGCCAUCACUGUUAGUUGAGGUGGGCUGAGCUAAGCUGUCUGUAAAUCCUCAAAUAAUUCUUCAUCAACGAGACAAACGAAUGAUAAUAAUCACAAUAAUAAGCCUUGGAUAUGGUGGCUAUGCUUUUCUGAUGUUUUAAA